UGGCUCCUUUUUAGCGGACACCGACAUGAUGUAGUUUUGUGGGUCGCGUUUAGCGCUCUGCUGUUUGCAGAUACGGGUAGCUGCGUGUGGGAGAGAGGUAGCGUCUAGAUUACCUUCGUGGGAGAGAGGGCUCACGUUUGGUGUCUUGGGGUCGGUAAAUCAGGUUUGAAAAGCAAAUAUGAGUACCUCCUCUUCAGGAAUGAAGCCCCAAAGCAUAUGCAACUUCUGCAAUUUAUACUCCUUCACUCCGAAAGACAUUAAAGCUCACUAUGGAACUGCGCUGCACCAAUUUCUGAUGGGUGUGAUACGAACACAGUUGUCUUAUACGGAACAGUAUAAAACUCUGGACGAGAAAAUCCAAGCAUCCGGAAAGAAGGAACCUAUAAUCGGUCUUGAAUACAUCUACGAGUAUGCUGAAGAUGAAUAUGGCGUCCGUAUGUACGAAUGCAAACUCUGCGACCGUGUGCUCAAAGAUGACUCCAUCUUCUGCCAUAUCACUGGAAUCCGGCAUAGGAUUUUGUACUUGAGCAAGCAUCAUCCUAUUAUGGGUAUAAAUAUUAACCACCAAAUAAAAGUCACGACGGAUUACAGGAAGCUGCAAAACAAUGCUCUGGCGAUAGAACAAACCCACAAAAAGAAGAAAAUAAAUGUUGUGAAUACAGUUUUUGCUCAGGAAAUAGAAAGUGGGAAAUUUGAAUCCUUUACUGAAGAUCUUUCGCCAGGUGAGGAUGAGUUGGAUGAUCCUGCACCAACAAACCGUGCAGGUAGCCCAUCACUUCCACGUGAUAGUGGAGGUAGGCUGAAAUCUGAGCCAGACAGUGGACGUGGCUCGACAGUUCAACGUGAUGGUAGAGGUGGCCCGACUGUUCAAUAUGACAGUAGAGGUGGCCCAACAGUUCAACGUGACAGUAGAGAUGAUCCAACAGUUCAACGUGAUGGUAGAAGUGGCCCGUUUGUUCAGCAUGAUGUUAGAGGUCGCCCAACUGUUCAGUAUGACAGUAGAGGCGGCCCAACAGGUCCACGUGACAGUAGAGAUGAUCCAACAGUUCAACGUGAUGGUAGAGGUGGCGCGACUGUUCAGUAUGACAGCAGAGGUGGCCCAACAGGUCAACGUGACAUCAGAGAUGAUCCAACAGUUCAACGUGAUGAUAGAGGUGGUCCGCCAUUUCAGUAUGAUGGUAGAGUUGGCCCGACUCUUCAAUAUGACAGAGGCGGCCCAACUGGUCAUCGUGAUGGUAGAGACGGCCCAGUAGGUCAACGUGACAGUAGAGAUGAUCCAACAGGUCAACGUGACGAUAGAGGUGGCCCGGCAGUUCAUUAUGAUGGUAGUGGUGGCCCAACUGUUCAUUAUGACAGUAGAGACGGCCUGACAGGUUAUCGUGAUGGUAGAGGAGGCCCAACAGGUCCACAUUACAAAGAUGAUCCAACAGGUCAGCGUGAUGGCAGAGGUGGCCCGGCAGUUCAGUAUGAUGGCAGAGGUGGCCCGGCAGUUCAGUAUGACAGUAGAGGCGGUCCGACUGCUCAGUAUGACAGUAGAGGCGGCCAGACUGCUCAAUAUGACAGUAGAGGCGGCCAGACUGCUCAGUAUGACAGUAGAGGCGGUCCGACUGCUCAGUAUGACAGUAGAGGCGGCCAGACUGCUCAAUAUGACAGUAGAGGCGGCCAGACUGCUCAAUAUGACAGUAGAGGCGGCCCAGCUGUUCAAUAUGACAGUAGAGGAGGUCCGAAUGUUCAAUAUGACAGUAGAGGCGGCCCGACUGUUCAAUAUGAUAGUAGAGGUGGACCAACAGGUCAACAUGACCGUAGAGAUGAUCCAACAGGCCUACGUGACGGUAGAGGUGGCCCAACAGGUCAACGUGAUGGUAGAGGUGGCCCAACAGUUCAACAUAAUGUCACAGGUGGCCCAACAGUUCAACGUGAUGCCGGAGGUGGACCCCCAUUUCAUUAUGACAGUGUAGGUGGUCCCUCAUUUCAGUAUGACAACAGAAGUGGCUCCUCAUUUCAGUAUGACAGGAGAAGUGGCCCCCCAUCUCAGUAUGACAGUGGAAUUAGACCCCUAUUUGAGUACGACAGUGGCAGGCCAUUUCCGCGUGACGGUGGUGGCGGUGGCAGCGGUCCACCUCUUGAACGUGACAUUAGAGGUGCCCAACCGUUUCAACAUUUUGGUGGAAGCGGUUCAGCAUUACAAAGUGGCCACCCUGAAAGCCGAUUAAUGAAUCGUGAUGUUGAAUUGCCAUUCCCGCGUGGUGUUGGAGGUGGCUUAAAAUUGCAACGUGAUCCCUCUGACGUUGAUAUCCGAUAUAUGAAACGUGAAAGCGGAACAGCAGGUCAGCAUAAAAGUGGAGGAGAUGCGUUAAUUAAAGGUUACUACGAUGACGUUGAUAUCCGAUCUCUGAAACGCAAAACUGACCCAGAAUUGCCGCAGGACGUUACUGGCAGCAGCAAGGAGCAAAGGAGGAAACGCAGCCGUUUCUCAGAUGCACCAAGUGACUUUGAUGGUCGAUCUAUGAUGCACCUAACUGAAGCAGCAUUAAAAGAUGACUGCUGUGAUAUUGAUGUCCGAAAUAUGGCGCGUAAGGGAGGCGCAUCAUUUCGAGAAAUGAAAGCAGCUCAUGAAGCCAGUUUGAGAGGAGAACGCGUCAGCAGAAGAUAUCUGGGGUACAGCGCGAAACAGGAUAAGGACUAUGACAGUGAUCUGGAAGUGCGCAGUAUGGAUUUAAGUGACGGUGACCAAGAUGGUUUCUGGUGCAAUGAAGAGCUGUUUGAGUUCUUGAAAACCUUCACCAUUACAAAUAAUGAUGAUGAACAAUUCGCCAUGAAAGCGGCGAGUUUUCUGAUCGACUCUGUGGCGCGACACACAAAACGCACUGAAGAUUUGAAGAAACGAAUCAUGGAAGAAAAAGAGAGAUUGGAAAAGGAAAAGAAGGCGUUUUCAGAACUAAAGAGCAAAAGAGAUCAGUCUUUUCUCAUGAAGAUAAAAGAGAAAGACCCUAAUUCACCUUCCAGUCCUCCCAAAACCACCGAAGCCAAGAGUGUAAGGAAGCCUUCCAAAAGCAAUGCCAUAAGAUCGCGUACCAGACAUUUCUGUCCAAGUCCUCCCAGUACCUACAGAGCCACGAGUGGAAUUAAAUCUUCCAGAACCAAUGACUCUAGUUCACGUUCUAGACAUUCGUCCCCAAGUCCUCCCAGAACCACCAGAGGCCACAGUGGAGGUAAACCUUCCCAAACCAAUGACACUAGUUCACGUUCUAGACAUUCGUUACGAAGUCCUCCCAGAACCACCAGAAGCCACAGUGGACUGAAACCUUCCCAAACCAAUGACUCUAGUUCACGUUCUAGACAUUCGUCCCCAAGUCCUCCCAGAACCACCAGAGGCCAGAGUGGAGGUAAACCUUCCCAAACCAAUGCCCCUAGUUCACGUUCCAGACCUUCGUUACGAAGUCCUCCCAAGACCACCAGAGCAGAGAGUGGGCUGAGACAUUCCCAAACCAAUGCUCCCGGUUCCAGAUCCCACUCCAAUCCUCCGUCACAUGCUUCUGCCAAAAACGCUGCACCCUCUGGUCCACCGAAACCUUUAAUGUCCAUUGUGUUUGACUCCAAAGGUUCUACAGCAGCUGCAGCAAAUACAAACCUGCCUCAAAGCCUUCCCGACUCCGCAGCCACUCGGAAAGCGCCUGAUGCACAGCCAGCGGCGGGAAAAGCGUGGAAUUGGCCUCAAGCAGUGACUACAAACCAACCACGACUGUUGCCAGGCUCCCAGAGUAAUAUGAAGGGGCUGAUGCCCGAUCCAGUACAAUCUGUCGGGUCAGCUAUAAACAGACCUCAAGGUAUGGGUCUUACAAGUACCGAACUGUCCAGCCGAGUUCAGCGGUUCCUUCAUUCCCAUCUUGUGGACAAAGACCUCUUGACUAAGCUACAACCACUCUUUGGGACCGGAACAGCCAGAUAUCCAGAAACUGACACUCGUCCCCAACUAAAUUCACAAUUAUCCGGUUCCCUGCUUGGUGGUGGUGGUGGUGGUGGACUCAUCGAUGGACCUUGGCCUUCCUUUGGAUCAGGAACAAGCCUACUUGGAGAGCCUGGACCCCUCCUCCAAAGCCAAAGUCUGCUUCUUGCAAACCAGCUUGGCCAGACAGGCGGACCCUUGUAUCAACAAAGGCUACUUACUGGGCUGGGAACAGCCCAACGUGAAGUACCCCUGGGCCUUCAGCUUCCAGGCGCCAUCGUACUCCCAUCUGACCUGCGUCAGGGCCAGUGGUCCAGCCAGGUUCCUGCUAGAGGCGGCUCCAUCCCCUCCAGAGGACUCGGUGAUGGCAGAAGAGAUUUACCGGCAGGCUUCCCCCUCUAACACAGACCUCACCACAUUAUAGGGUUACAGUUCAACACCAGGAACUGAGAGAGGACGACUGGCGACACUCGGCAAUCUGCAGAUAUAGCAGGGUCAUAUUGUAGUUUUGUUUUUUUAUUCUGUGGCUUUUAAUUAAACAUUAAUGGGAAUCCGUUCCAACAUCAUGCCCUGUUUUACACUUCACUCAAAGUCUGAGGAGCCGUCGCAGAAAACGGCGAUUGCGUUCAUAGGUUAUGGCAGUAUAAAUGUAAUAUUAUGUUCUAGGUAAUACUUUUUGUGCAUUUUUGCUUGCGCUCAAACAACGAGCGAUGCCCCCAUUACUGUAAUUGUGGUAGUUGCACACAUAAACACCGUCUCCCAGGCAAUGUGAAUAGGCCCCCUUUGAGUGCUCCUGUUGUUUGAAAUUAAGAGCAUAGUCCUUACGUGACCAUUACAUGUGUAUUAUUUUAAACCGUUGUCUUUAUUCUGUUGUCGGGCAUGAUUAUUUUUUUUUUAGAGUAAAAUGUGACGUAAAACCUA